CCGUGUGUGAAUUCUCCUCGAGCGGCAUUCCAGGCGAUGUCGUCUUCGUCUUCGUCUUCUUCUUCGAACAUGCCUCAUAUUUGAUCUGCUGUGUUCUGUGCAUUUCCUACCUUCGACCCUUUCUACCUUUCUACCUGCCGACCGCCGUCACUCGUUCCGGUGGUCCAGUCUCCUACCCCCUUUUCCAUCCUCGCCCCUCGUUUGCUGAAGCUUGCUUCCUGCACCUUUGUUGCCCAGCGACCAACAACCCCGGUACAGCAUUCGUUUCCCCUCCUACUCGUCGAUUUCGAACGGCACGAGCCUUGAGCCUUCUCCCUCCAAUCUACUUUCGUUUUUGGUGACCAAAUUUUGUGUGGGCAAAUUCUAGUUGGGGAAAUUUUGGGCGUGGUGGCUGCGGAAAGUCAACAAAGCGCUCAACCUCGCCAUGGCGAGCAACAAUCGAAUGUCGAUGUACUCGACUACUUCCUCGGGACCUGGUUUACCUCGAAACCUCAAUUCCGCCCAAUCACAAGUAUCGACAACUACCCUUUUGAACGCAAUACACACAAUUUAUGCAUCCAGUCAACCAUACCAGCUUGACGCCAGCACGAGCUUAGCGGUAAAUACCUGGCUAACUGCCUCACAACCUGAUCAUGAAGGAAGGAUCGGUGGAACGGUCGAUGGCGCUUUGUCAUCUCGAGCCUGGGAGCAUGCAAGACGGCGCGCCGAGGAUGGAUGCAUAGUUUUGGGCUCUCUCCACGAAUCUACCCCUUCAGUGCUGGCUCCGUUUCUAGGAACUCUCCCGCUAUCCAUUCCCUCCUCCUUAUAUACCGCUCUCAACGCACUCCGACCUUUCAUCUGUUCUGUAUCACCACAAAACCACUCUGCUCCUCGACAAUCUGCACUCGGGGUAAUACUAACACUGACGCUUGCGGGAAAUUUGACUGCAGCACGUUUGGCAUUGUCGGAAGGGGGAAUUGAUACAUCGAAAGGUCUGCUUAACAUCCCAACCGAGGCCGGAUAUCGAGCCUUUGACGUCUUCUAUUAUCUCCUUACAUCUGCUUCGACACCUGCCGAACGCGAAUUUCUUGGUCUGAAACAUGCUUCCAACUAUGCCCUCUUGGCGAGGCCAGGCACAUACGAUCCUCCGUCGUAUCUCCCAACCGCAGACGACGCAGCAUCGGCAGACGAUUUCCGUGCCUCCUUGAAGGCAAUUGGAAUCAAAGGUGCGGCUCACAGGAAUCUGAUCUCGAUUUUAGCAGGGCUGUUGAAACUCGGUGACACUCUGAGCUUCAACCUGGAUGAAGAGGCUUUAGAAGAUGUCUGCGAAGAUGUCGGGGGUUUAUUGGGCCUCGAGCCAGAAAUUUUGGCGAAUAAAUGCACAACUGCUGAAAGGGAGACCCUGAUCGGUGGCUUGUACGAAGCUCUUGUCGAUUGGGUUAUCUUGAAGGCCAAUGAAGCCAUCGCCAGCGAAAUGGCUCGGAUCAAAGACGGUGACUCUUCGAGCGACGGUGGACCCGGAGCCCGGACGCCCAACACAGAAGAAGACAACGGUGACACAGUUUGCAUCACCGUAUUGGAAAUUCCUAGUCCCACCCUCGGCAAGGCAGUGGCGAUGCGAGGAGUGUUUGACGACACGCAAGGUAUCAACUCCGAGAUGAAGGAGGACGGUGUUGAUGUGGUGACGGCCGGUUCCUCAGUGUUACGCGAGAUGCAGAAUGCGGUGGCUGAGGUUGCCCCUGAUCUUGGUAUUAUGACCGGCCCUUCUGGGCGAGAACGGGAACAUGAGCGUGACCGACGCGAAGCUGUGACGGAGAAGGUCGGCCGAGAAGGAGAAGAAGAUGGGUUUUUGAAGAAGAUUCUCUUCCCCGUUCAAGGCCAAGGAGUAGCUCUAGGUCGAGAAGGCCGCAUUGAUCUCCCGGCCGUUCUCGGAAGCAGUCGUGUGUGGUAUCAUCUUUCCCUCCACCCAACAGACCAGUCGCCUGCAAGUCUCGCAGCUCUCCCUUCAAUGACCUCCGCUUGGUCUGCUGGGACCGUGUCGCGACAACUCCGAGCGUGGCGUCUUCCUGAAUGGGCAAACCGAAGGAACAGAAAUCUCGACUUCACUGCUGAUUUCGACCACGAGGAAUUCUGCCACCGAUAUGCUCCACUGGGUUGCAAAGAUGGCAGAGACGGGAUUGAGAGUUGGAUCAUGGAGCGUGGUUGGAGCAACGGUGAAGUCGUUGUCGGCACGGAACGAAUCUGGAUGCGAGAAAGUGCUUGGUGGGAAGCUGAGGGCAUGCUCGAUUUAAAGCCAUCCGACAAUCAGGGCUUUGCCGCGCUCGGUGGUUUGUUUGGCGGCGAACCCGUCGAGACCGGCUAUUCUGCAAAUCCGCCGAACGCGAGCGGCUUCUUCGCUCCCAUGAACGAUCUGACGCCUCAUGGAAGCAGAGACCAGCUUGUUCAAGCCCAAGGCCCGGCUACCAUGCCUCGCAGCGCACUUGGUGCCCGCUCAAUAGCUCCAACGACCAGGAACGUCAGUAACGGUGACUAUGGUCUCGGCCUCAAGGGCGACGACGUGAAGAACCAAGUAUACUACAACAACGAAAUGGGUGAGUUUGUCGAUAACAUGGAUCCGGAAAUUGCGGAGCCGAAGAGCAUCACUACUUCGCAAAUGUCGAGAGGCCGCCGUGUCUGGGUUGCUAUUGUGUGGAUGCUUACUUUCUGGAUUCCCUCAUUCCUCUUGCGAUACAUCGGCCGCAUGAAGCGCCCAGAUGUCCGCAUGGCAUGGAGGGAGAAGCUCGUACUCGUCUGGAUGAUCCUACUCAUGAACGGUAUUGUUGUUUUCUGGAUCAUCGAGUUCGGUCGACUGCUCUGUCCGAACUUCGACAAAGCCUGGGACCAGACAGAGGUCAGUACACAUCAAGGAUCCAGCGACUUUUGGGUGAGCAUUCAUGGAAAAGUUUACGACAUUUCGAAAUUCUGGAAACUCCAACACAGUGACACCGACAUCGAGACCUCCUCGGAUAAUAUGCAGCAGUUUGCUGGCAUGAAUCUCGACGAGUACUUCGUUCCGCCUCUUACAGUUUCUUGUCCAGGUCUUGUCACGGACACGAGCCUCACCCUCCUGGCAAACACUACCGUGACUAUCCCCGAGGGUAUUCACACUUCGGGCCCGCUCUCGCCAUACACAGCCAGUGCAUUGCACAGGAUCGACUGGUACGGGACCAUCUUCCUCCCCAAAAUAGAAGAGUACUACCAUGGUGAUUUGGUUACGAAGAAAAGCACCGUCAACAGCCAGGGACAGAACGAGAACCAUUAUUGGUUCAUCCUAAAUGGCAAGAUCUAUGAUCUGACAGAUUACUUCUAUACGCUGAAAACCUACGCCAACGUGGCUUCUUAUGAGUUUAUCGAUACCACAGUGUCUGCCAUGAUUAAGGAGAACCCCGGCCUGGACAUUACCAGCCUAUGGGAGACGAACUACGCCAACUCAAAUUCGUCUCAGCAAGGCGUUCUUGAGAAUACCGUCAACUGCUUCAACAAUGCCUUUUAUGUUGGUAUUCCUGACUUUCGUCAAUCGGUCCAAUGCCAAAUCAACAACUACAUUCUACUGGCAUUUACGAUCAUCCUGUGUGCGGUCAUCUUGGUCAAAUUCUUGGCAGCUCUCCAAUUUGGAUCAAAACGUCGCCCGUCGCCGCAAGAUAAAUUCGUCAUAUGCCAGGUUCCUGCCUACACCGAGGGCGAAGAUUCAUUGCGGAAGGCUCUUGAUUCCUUGACGGCGCUUCAAUACGACAAUAAAAGGAAGCUGAUCUGCGUGAUUUGCGAUGGUAUGAUUGUGGGUGGCGGCAAUGAUAGGCCUACACCAAAGAUUGUCCUGGAUAUCCUAGGAGUCGAUCCGAAAAUCGAUCCUCCAGCACUCCCGUUCAAAUCGGUGGGAGAAAGUAAUGAGCAGCUUAAUUAUGGCAAAGUCUAUUCCGGUCUUUACGAAUACGAGGGAAAUGUUGUCCCGUACAUUGUGGUUGUGAAGGUUGGCAAGGAGUCUGAGCAGUCGAAGACCAAACCGGGCAAUCGCGGAAAGAGAGACUCUCAGAUAUUGCUUAUGAGCUUCCUGAACCGUGUUCACCACCGAUCACCAAUGAACCCGCUUGAGUUAGAAAUGUUCCACCAGAUCAAUAACAUUAUUGGCGUGGACCCCGAGCUUUACGAGUACCUCCUCAUGGUGGACGCCGAUACAAGUGUCAGGGAAGAUUCAUUGAACAGGCUCGUGGCCGCUUGUGCGAACAAUGCUAAAAUCGCCGGAAUUUGCGGUGAAACCAGUCUUGAGAAUGAAGAACGGUCGUGGUGGACUAUGAUCCAAGUCUACGAAUAUUUCAUCUCCCAUCAUUUGGCGAAGGCCUUCGAGUCACUUUUUGGAAGUGUUACCUGUCUGCCUGGUUGUUUCUCCAUGUACCGCCUCAGAACCGCUGACAAGGGCAAGCCGUUGAUCAUCUCGGAUGCAGUGAUUCACGAGUAUAGCGAUUGCAACGUCGACACGUUACACAAGAAGAAUCUGCUGUCACUGGGUGAAGAUCGAUACCUCACAACUUUGAUGACCAAACACUUCCCUUAUAUGUCGUACAAAUUCAUUCCUGAUGCAUACGCCAGUACCGCAGCUCCCGAAACUUGGAGCGUUCUUCUUUCUCAGCGGCGAAGAUGGAUCAAUUCUACCAUCCAUAAUCUAGCGGAAUUGGUUUGGCUCAAAGAAAUGUGUGGAUUCUGUUGCUUCAGCAUGAGAUUCAUCGUCUUUAUCGAUCUGUUCGGGACGAUCAUUUUACCAGCUACCUGCGCCUAUCUUGGAUACCUCAUCUACAAAGUAGCUACCCAUUCCGGCCAAUUCCCAUUGAUCUCCAUCGUCAUGAUAGCCGCGGUAUAUGGUCUUCAGGCACUCAUCUUCAUCCUUAAACGACAAUGGCAACACAUCGGGUGGAUGAUAAUUUAUAUCCUCGCAUUUCCUAUCUACGCGUUUGUUCUUCCUGUGUACUCUUUCUGGAACCAAGACAAUUUCACGUGGGGCAACACCCGUAUUGUCAUUGGUGAGAAGGGCAGCAAACAGGUAGUCGCAGUCGACGACGAGGGUUUCGAUCCAAGAAGUAUUCCACUACAACGAUGGGGCGAUUAUGCAUUAUCCAACAAUCUUCCUGGCCGCCGUGGUGUUCAUGUGGAGAAAGCCUACGAUGGCUACGAGGACACCUAUGAAUUAGACGACAUGAAGUCAAUGUACUCCUCGGUCAAGCCAGCUUCUACAAUCCUAACCGGUUUUCCCCAACGAGGAGGACCUUAUAUGCCACCUCAGUCGCCUGCGUUUGGUGGACCUCGACAAUCCAUUUACUCAACCCCAUAUGCUGAUCAUCCAACCGGUCGUCAUCAGUCAGUAAUGUCACUCGGCGGAGGAUUACAAGACCGCUCCGGUUCACCAUAUCAGGAUUACCCUCAGACGUCGUCCCACCGCCCGAGUAUGGUUAUGAUGCCAUCAUCAACCGAUCUCAUUAGUGGUUCGCCUUCCCCGCUUCACCAGCCUCGUAAUAUUGGCUUCACGGGAGGCGCACGCACGCCGAUUGGCACCGAGGCAGUAAUGCGACCUGUCUCAACUUUUGAUUUUCAAAGAGGCAAUAGCGGACCUGAUGAUAUGAUGAUCGUGGAAGCUAUCCAGAAUUGCUUAAGAGAGGUUGAUCUAGAUAACAUUACAAAGAAGCAAGUCAGAGCAUUAGUGGAGCAAAGGCUACAAACGGAGUUAGUGGGCGAGAGGAGAACAUUUUUGGACAGGACGAUUGAUACCGAAUUGGCUAACAUGUAAAAUUGGAGGGGGGUGUAUAAAAAUGCUGUUUGUGAUAUGUGAUGACGGGACGGAAUUGGCGAAACGGCGCGAAAGGUGGGUGUUUUGCGUGUGUUUUGGUGGGCAUUUGGAUACACUACAUCAUAUCUGCAUAAUGGGUGCUUCGACACUAUACGUUCAUUCAAAUAUUAACCAUGAGUUGUGCUACAAGGGGUCGGAAAUUUCAAGACCUUUGUCUUUUAAGCAAUCGAUGCGGCCGCCGCAACAUGAAUUAUCAGCUGCCUAUGUCAACACCACAACUCAACGUCUUGCCUCGGG